UUAAAAUAAAUAACCACACUACAAUGCAACAGACAAGCUUAUGCCUCACAAAAUCACAAUCAACUCCCACUUCUCACCUUUUUCAGUUUUUUAAAUUUCCUUUUUCAAUUAUUCUAAAAUGUCAUUUUCUCAUUGUAUUGCGUUUUCACUCAUUUUGCCUCAAACUUCUGUGCCUUUUCUUCUCAACUAAACCACACCGCUUUACUCUUCUACACUCCCAAUCCAAAACUGCUAGAUUUGCAAUUUUCUUCAGACAAAUUUGAGCCAACAAAAUGGGAGGAGGAAAUGGGGGUGUUGCUUUUCUCAAGGUUGUGGUUCAGAACUUCGACAUUCUUGCUGGGCCUGUGGUUAGUCUUGUUUAUCCCCUGUAUGCAUCAAUCAGAGCUAUUGAAACCAAGUCUCCUAUUGAUGAUCAACAAUGGUUGACUUAUUGGAUAUUAUAUUCCAUGAUCACACUUUUUGAGCUCACCUUUGCAAAAGUUAUUGAAUGGAUCCCGAUCUGGUCAUAUGCAAAGCUGAUAUUGACUUGCUGGCUGGUCAUACCUUAUUUUAAUGGGGCAGCGUAUGUGUAUGAGCAUUUUGUUAGACCAACAUUUGUCAAUGCCCAGAAUCGUACUGUUAAUAUCUGGUAUGUCCCGAGGAAGAAGGAUGUUUUUAAUAAGAAGGAUGAUAUUAUAACUGCAGCAGAGAAAUACAUACAGGAGAAUGGAACAGAUGCUUUCCGAGAUCUAAUUGACAAGGCUGAUUACAGUGGUACGAAGCCAAGGACUGGCUACGGAAUAUUUGAGAAUGAGCACCACUACUGAGAAGUGCGUGCGUGCAAUCUGCUGAUCGUUCAGUCAUGUAAACUUUUGGCUUUUUGUCGCCUCUGUAAUUUUCUCGGCGUUUUUAUGAUGUAAAUUAUGAUGGCUUCUCCUUUUUAGUUUUUGAUAUAGUUAAGGUUAAUGUAUGAUACAUCACCGUGUGGCCAUGUGUGUAGAUGACUAUAAACUGUCUGGUAUUACACUAGUACUUGAGGCUGAGCAGGUUAACAGAGAAAAGAAGAGAAGAAGGGGUGCAUUCCUUCUAUUUUGUAUCUUAUUGCUUCUAUGUUCUAACACUUGAUGUCGAUAUUUUAUGAAGUACCACUCGUAUUUUCUUUA